CCAUGCUCACAAGCAGCGCUGCACGACAGCCAACCAGCCUGACAGUGAGUGAGGCAGGCAGCCAUGGGAUCUCUCCACACACAAUCACACACUCAUUCAUUCAUUCAGUCGCCAAUCCAUCCAUACUCCCCCCCCCGUCGGUGUGCUGCGUGUGUGGUGUGUAGUAUGGAGUGUGUGUGUGUGAUGGUGUGAUGGUGUGAUGGUCUGUCUACUUGGCGCGGCCAUCGCGGUCGCGCUUCUUGCCCUUGGACAUGUGGGCGUAGUUGAUGGGCUCCUGGCCCUUGUCCCGCUUCUCCCGCAGACGGGGCGACACGCGCAGCCCCACCCCCUCCCCUCCGCCCCCGGCAGCCUGGUUGUUGCCCUGCGUGGGGCCACGACGGCCACGGCGGCCCCUGGAGCCACCGCCACCGCCCCCAGCAGCAGCAGCGGCGGCGGCGGCCGGUGCGGGGCCGUCGUCGACGUCCAUGUCGUCGUUGUCAUGGUUGUCGGGGAGGCCGUAGUCCACCUGGGGGAAGGGCGGGUUCGGCGGCAUCACAGGAAACCCUACAUGGAUGGACGCACAGAGAGAGAGGGGGAGAGGGGGGGAUGGGGUGGUGGGUGAGUCUCUCUCUCUGUGUCUCUCUCUCUGUGUGUGUAUGGGUGUGUGGUGGGUGUGCGGUGGUUUGGGUGGUUUGUGUCUCCUCUACCAUACGCAAUACGUACCCUCAGGAUAGUUGGCCUGCACCUCGCCCAGGAAGUGCUGAUACCUGCACACACGAACAAACGAACCAACGACAAGACCACACGACCACCACCACCACCACCACCACAACAACAGACAUGUUAUGUUCGUGUGCCCAUCCAUCCCUUUGCCUGUCCUCACUCCUCCCUCACUGGUCGCUUACUGAGUCUUGUCAACGAUGUCGAAGAAGGGAUGGUACAACGCCUGCACAGCCGUGAUGCGACGAUCCGGCUGGUACGUCAACAUGCUGACGCAACCAACACACAACCACAGCCACAUCACACACAUGACCCCCACACACCACACCCCUCCGCCCCCCUGUGUGUGUGUCUGCUGCGUCUGCCCACCGAGUGAAGAGAUCCACGGCCAGCGAGUUGCGGUCGAUGUCGGUGCGGCCGUAGGGGCGGUACCCGGCGGCCUGGGAGAUGGAGUCGUGGCUGCGGCGCAGCAGCGCCGUGAUGCCGUCACGCGGGUCGCGCACAAACUUGGGGAAACGCUGUACACACACACACACGCGCAGAGAGAGAGAGAGAUGAAUGAGUUGUGUUGUGUUGUGUGUGAGGGGGGCACAUUGAACUGGUCGGCGUAGGUGAACGCUUCGCUGCCCGGCCAGAUGGCGUUGGUGGGGGUGCCCAGCGUGUUGAGCAUCUUCAUCAACGUCUCAAACUGACAGAAAGGUGGCAACAGAGACACACAGGCAGAUGGGCACACAGGCAGACGAGUGUGUGUGGUUUUUGGAGGUGCUGCGCACCUCAGUGUGGGCGUUGAAGGCCGGCAUGCCGCUCGUCAACUCUAUGAAGAUGCACCCAGUGGACCUGACGACGGCACAUGACACACACACACCAGAAUUGCACAGGCCCCCUCCGUCCCCCUCUCUCCAUCCAUCCCUCUCAACCCCCUCUCUCCCCCUCCCUCUCUCUGAGUGUUGUGUCUUUUGUCGGCUGACUGACCAGAUGUCCAGGGCAUAGGUGUACUUGAAGUUGGCCGGUCCCAUGAACAACUCGGGCGGGCGGUACCUGCACACACACGAACACGCACAUAGAGAGAGACACUGCUGAAUGCACUGUGCGAUGCUCUCUGUAUGUGUGUGAGGGUGUGAGGGUGUAGGUGUUGAGUUGUGUGCUCACCACUGAGUGGCCACCUCGUGCGACAUCAACUUAUUCGGAAUCGUCACCGUGCGAGCCAAACCUGGGGAGUGAAUACACCACACACACAUGGAUGGAUGGAUGGACAGAUCUGUGUGUUGCCACGGUGUGUGCGGUAGCUGACCGAAGUCGGCGAUUUUGACGAUCCAGUCGGUGGUCAUGAGGAUGUUCUGCGGUUUCAGGUCACGGUGGAUGACUGCACACACACACACACGCAUACACACACACACAGGUACAUCAGUACAUGGCUGUGGAUGGAAGAAUGGUUGGUAUGGUAUGGUGUGUGCCAUAGUGUCAGAGUGGCGUACGUCCUUUGCAGUGCAUGUAGGCGAUGCCGUUGAGUAUCUGGUACAUCACGCGGGCCAACUGCUCCAGCGUCGGCACUGCACACACACACACACAUACAAACCAACACGUGAGCCCCUGUCCCUCCCCCUCUCCCUCUCCCUCUCCCAUGUGUUGUCAUUGUGUGUGUGCGUACCUGUGUUCAUGGGGAGUAGUUUGUUUGGGUUCCAGUGGGGGUGAUUGAUCUUGUUCUCCUUGGCACAGAUGGUACGGAGGCGUCCGACGUCGCCGGCCUCGCACAGCUCGAAGAUGAGGUACACGAUGGUGGCCAUGGGGUCCGAGGGGUCCAUGCCGACCUUGUGGAGGGUGACGAUGUUCAUGUGGCCCCUCAACGCCAUCAACGCAUUCACCUGACACACACACACACACGGGGAAAGAUGGCGGGGACGUGGGGGAGAUGACUUUGUUGUGGUGCGUCGUGUUGUGUGUGGGAUUGCGUGUGGUCCAGGCCUCACCUCGCGCAUCGUGGUGGAUUCUAUGCCUUCGCCCCCGUUCCACUUCUUCAUCUGCACACAACACAUCACACCAUAUCACACCGCACCGCGUGCACACACAUGAAGAGAUGCCAUUGUCACCAUGCAUUCCCUCUCGGGAUGAUCAGUCAGUGGCGUGGUUACCUACCUUCUUGAUGGCCAGGGGUGUGCCCUCGGGGACCUCAGUCAACGUGCGAUUCGUCACGGCAGCUACACAGCCAUACGUUCCUGCACACCAACAGAAUACGCAGACAGAGGGAAAGGAAAAAAGAGUUACGCAAUGGAGAGCGUCAAGAAUAUGCCGAUGCAUCCAGCCACGCGUCCACGCAUCCACACAGAGCAAAAUGCACCAUCCAUCCGAUGCAUCCGACGCAUUCCAUCCCGGCUCCCUCAGUGCAUAUCACGUCCCACGCCGUGUCUCAGGCUUCCCCGGCUCUUUUGACCCUCCCUCUCGUCUCUUUGGGCUCACCUGAUCCGAGCAUACGGACGAAGUUGAAAUUCUGGACCACAUAGGGGUCGUGCUCCAUGUCGUUGGACUGCGCAAGGGCCUGCGCCAUCCUCAACAAACCAACAACUCGCAGAAGCCUUCUAUACGGCCUUUUAGGCGGCUGAUCGCGAUACCGAUCAGGCGGCCAUACCCAGAGAGCGAUGCAAAGGCCGCACAAGGACAACUCCAAACCAACUCCAAAACUG